GCCUUUGGCAGCAAUUCCAGCGCGGUAGCUGCGGUUGCCUGUCGCUGCUAAAAUAAACAGGCGUUUUACUGUGCUUUGGAAACAAACACGUUAUGCCAGAAUAAGCUUUCGCAAUUUAAAGCCCUCUUCAUGGAUCUAAUAUACAUCUUAAGAAGUGGGCUCCAAUUUAUAAAAGUUAAUGCUAGAAUAAAAAUGUGUUACUUGUUUAUGGUACUUUAUUUUUCGUUCUUCCUGAAGAAAACUACAUCGCCCGUGACUCUUUGCGAUCGAGGCAGGCCCUUGGGCUUUCCGCUUCCUUUUGGUGCUAGAAGCCGGUUGGUUGCUCACUUGCUUUCGCCUUGGCCUGGAAGUUGCGUAGUUUACCAACCCUUCUGGAGCUCCUUGGGCUGGUGGUGGGUGUUCUGCGUGGUUUUGCCAUCAUGCCUAUGAAAGGCAGAUUCCCCAUCCGGAGGACGCUGCAGUAUCUGAGCCAGGGGGACGUCGUCUUCAAAAACUCGGUGAAGGUGAUGACUGUGAACUACAACACCUUUGGGGAGCUCGGCGAGGGAGCCAGAAAAUUUGUUUUUUUCAACAUACCUCAGAUUCAGUACAAAAACCCCUGGGUCCAAAUUAUGAUGUUUAAGAACAUGACACCUUCACCUUUCAUAAAAUUCUACUUAGAUAGUGGAGAGCAAGUCCUUGUUGAUGUGGAAGAAAAGACUAACAAGGAGAUUGUGCAGCAUAUUAAGAAAAUUAUUGGUAAAAGCGAGGAAACACUUCAGAAAGAAGCACAAGAAAAAAUGAAGCUACGGCAUCCUGCAAGCUUUGGCCACAAAAAAUACCACUUGCGUGAAUGUAUGUGUGAAAUAAAAGGCCAAAUUCCCUGCCCUGGGAAGGUACCAUUACCAAAGGAGAUGACGGGCAAGUAUAAAGCGGCUAUGAAAGAGAAAGCUGCUUCUGAAGCCAGCUCCGUAUGAAGCUUGCCUAUACUGUGGACUAAAAGCACUACUGAAAGAAGCUGGCAAUGUUAAUCUUCCUUAAGAGACCACUUCAGUUACCACAAAAUAAUAAUAUUUAUUUAAUACAAGGAGGAAUUUUUUUUCAAAUAAAUAGAUUUAUUCUU